GUUUCGCGCGGUUCCGGUUGUUGCAGCAUGCUCUGUGGGAUUGCUUCUGGUGCCACGUUUCUGUGAGUAGACCAAAUGGAAGGCGUGAACGCUGAUUCUAUCAACACGAACUUGGAGGCCAUGCUUCGUGAGAACUCCGACCUGUCGCCUGCAGUGGCUUCAUUGCAGCUGCUGCUUGAAUUCAUCGAGAAGGACGACUACACGACCAUCCAAGGCAUGGAAGAAAAUCUUCAGCAUGUUAUCAGUGAUAUUUGUACUGCGAAGUGUUCGAUCACCUGCGUCAGGUCGGCGUGCGAAUUAUUUGUACGUUUUGCUACGCUCACCGCGCUUGAUGGGACCAUUGAUGAGUGCAAGAAAAAUAUGUCUACUCGAGGCCGAACGUUCUUGGAGAAAAUGCGUGCGGCACGCUGCAAAAUUGCUGCGCUUGCAGCCCCCUUUGUACAGGACCGCUCGACGAUCCUGACGCAUUCCUUCUCGCGUGUUGUGCGUGACACGCUGUUCGCUGCGGCAGAGGACCACAAGCACUUCACUGUGUACGUGACCGAAUCGGCGCCCGAUUACAGCGGCCGGCAACUGUACGAAGCGCUUAAAGAGAGAGGCAUCAGUGUGACUCUAUUAGUCGACGCCGCAGUUGGCUAUGUUUUGGAAAAAGUGGACGUGGUUCUUCUGGGAGCAGAGGGCGUAGUUGAGAGCGGUGGCAUCAUCAACAAAAUUGGCACCUACACGAUGGCCAUGUGUGCCAAGGCAAAGAACAUUCCUAUUUACGUGCUAGCCGAGAGCUUCAAGUUUGCCAGAAAGUACCCCUUGAACCAGAAAGAUCUGCCUGAUGAGCAGAAGUACCCGUCGGACAAGCGUAAUGGCAAAACUGACCUUUCCAAGGAGCACCCCAUGGUCGACUACACGCCACCUGCGUACAUUACUCUGCUGUUCACGGACCUGGGAAUUUUAACGCCAUCAGCGGUUAGCGAUGAGCUUAUCAAGCUGUACCUGUGAAUAGAGCACAAACAGUCAGCAGCUGCUGUGAUUGGUGUCCAUUUUGGUUGAGAAAGUGCCGUCAUCGCCUUGAGGUAUCAGCGUCACGCUCUGUGAAGUGCGCCAUUAGAAGCUUGACUAGAUGGUUUCCCAUGCCUGCCUAGCUUCUGGUAUAUCCGCUAGUCAAAUUACAGUCGAGUUGGGAAGAAAAAAAUGCUCCGACCAGUUCGAACAGGGCCCCAGCACAGCAUCGCUGCACCAACACAAGUUGGUUGGCAGCGAUGUACGAGUAUUCACAGAGCUGUCCUAAAGAGCUUGUCAAGCCAGUAAUAUAUACUCGAAAAAUCAGAACCGCCUCUGCUAUGUAUCAGACAAGUAGCCAUAUCUUCUGACUUCCUGACAAUACACAUGCAGAGCACUAUUUUUUUCUUUGAACUGUUUUAAACAAACUAAUGGAUACGAACUCGUCUAGAUUGGAAAUAAAAAUGUGCACUGGCGACCGAAUAGUUCACAAUUGUGAAGUCGAAGAAUUGCUAACAAAUCAGAGAUGAUAAGUUCUUGCAACAGACAUAAACAAGCUUACUUGCCAGCUGUCUGGUAAAAACACACUUGUUCCUCUCAAGCUUAUCUUUUGUGGUGAAGGCUUGGUUGAUUUUCUGGCGGUGUCUCGUUUUUGUGGGUAAAAGAUAAUAUGCAUAUCCAACCUACAUUUCGGAGUAAUGUGAAGUGAUAUGGCUUCACAUAUAGAUUCCAAAGUGCACGUUGGAUGUACGAAAAUGUUGUGUCCCGCUUGUUCAUUUUUUUUAGGCAGCAAUCGACACCAGCAUUUCAGUACGAAGCCUCAAUCCUUCGAGAACGCCACAAAUAAUUAAUAUACAGCACUUUUUUUACGAUCCGUUCAAAACGCGCAUCAAGCGCAGCGCGGCUUCGGACGCGAAGAAGGAUGCUCAACACGUCACCGAAAGCGGAGGUGGCAGUCGCGUGGUGUCACACGCCGAGCGGUGGUUGAAGGCCAUACGAUAACCGUGUCGCUGUAGAUCUCUCCCUGUUUGCAAACACGGUGACGACAGUGCGAGAGUGCCCCGCCCACCUGCCGCGCCGGCUGUGCGUGCGCUGGUGGCAAAAAAAAAAAAAA